AUGGAUACACAACAAAUAGUUGAUCGUGAUGAUGAAAUUCCGACAGAUGUAUCUUCCUCUUCUAGGGAUGCAUCAAUAGGUUACGCCACAUCUACCCCUACCAAACAGAUAAGAAAUGAAGCAGAUAAACAAAUAUUAGAAUGGGCAUCUAAAUUAGAACUAGAGUCUAUUGAAUUACGUGAAAGAUCUACAACAUUGUUACAGAAUUUGAAUGAGAAAUAUAUUAAUUUUAACUCAGUGGUUAAUAAGUUUGAUCAAGUUGAGAAAAAAGAGAUAACUAAUCGAACAUACAAUAUGACACAGGAAUUGUGGGAGAAACAGACAGAUCGUACAUAUGAAAUGCAAGUUAUGAAGACACUUACAGAACAAAUGGAAGAUGUACAAAUAUUGUUAACUAAUAUCUCGAGAGAUAUGAACAAAUUACAAGAUAGACAAGCUCAAUUAGAGAAACGAUUUGUUAAACAGGAGAAGGCCUUGGCUGCCAAGCAAGAGAAGAAACGUAGCAUCACUUCGGCUCUCUUAAAUGGAACAACACUAUCAAAUGAUGUACCACGUAAUAACGUAGGGCCCUUAACUAGAUCACAGUCCAAGUUCCUCAAAGAGAUAGGUUUCAAACCAACGACGAGAGUUCACAAACCACAUUCACUCGCCUCGAGAACUACAGCCAGAACAAUCAUUCCUUGGGACGAAUUGACCAUGCCAUCGGAUAACCCUCCACCAGAGGCAGAGUGUACCACAAAUUACCCAUCAGAGUUGUAA